UCCCAACCCCUUCUCCAACAAUCGACGCUCUCAAACCCUCAUCUCCCAAAACCCUUCUCUCCUCCCUAUAAAAACCGACCGACUCUCUCUCUCUCUCUCUCUCUCUCUCUCUCUCUCUCUUUGUUUAUUGAGGUUUGGUGGUGUUUUCGUAGGGUGUAUAGCAAUGCAGAGGGAAAAUAACAGGAGAGGAAGUACAAGAGGUGAGGAUUUUUCUUCUCUUCUUCCAUAUGCAGCCAUGGCGAGUGCUUUUACGAACAAGCUAUUGAAGUCGAAAGAACAAGCAGAAGAAUACCCCUUUUUUAUCAUGGAAGAACUCAACCCUAAAAAUUUCGGCUACAUCACGGUACACCGUGCUUCCAAUCAUAGCCCAAAUCAUCAAGGACAUGCCUCAACAAUUGAAAGUGAGGCUUCUAGAGGAAGUGGGAGAGCAUGAUAGAGAACGGAUAUUGGCUG